AUGCAACCAACUGGCCAGAUCAGCAAACCCACUAAGCCGUUUCCGCCGCGUUUUCCUUCGCGUUCUCUUAUCUGCGAUUUCGGAUUUGCGGUCUCUCUCGCCCUCUCUCCCUGCCGUGUCUACCGCUUCUCUCGCGUUCCGACGGUUAUGAUCACCUCGCUCGUCUUCUUAAACACGGUAUUUUCACUGUGCUCCCAGGCAUUAGCAGUCAAAAUCAGCAUCACCAGCGCCCAGAGCCUUCCCUCGUCCAUGUCUGAAAGAGACGGAGAGAACAGUCUAUCUAUUUAUAUUUUCCGACAGACGGCUGCAUUGUGGAGUGACACAUCCCAGGACCAACCCACACCACACCAGCGCCGAGUCCGCGGAGGGGCCAUUCCACGCGGCCCGCCGUUGCUCCUCGCAAUCGCAACCUCAAUGGCCACUCCUCCUCGUUAUCACGCGCUUGUUCAGUCUGCCAUUGAUUACGUAAUUGAGCUAGCGGAAUCUCGUCGUCAGAACCCAAUUGCUCGAUCCGUCUUCUUCUCCGCUAUCACUAGGUUUAAUAUUCUCUUCCUCAGGGUGUCCAACCGGGGGUCGAGUUUCCUCCCUUAG